AUGCUUUCCUGCAUCAUCCUGACGGUGCUAGCCUACUACGGCAGCAGGGUCAACCCCUCCACGUCCGUGGGGAGCGGCGGCGGCGGCGGCGGUGGCGGCGAUGGCCAUGGGGGCGGCGAAGGGGGGCGUGCUUCGAUCGAGGAGUACCCGCGGGGAGGAGGGGUUGAAUUCUUGGGCAGGAACGGGACGGCACUGAGUGAGAGGGAGAGAUGGCAGUAUGAAGCAGGGUGGGGAGAGGUCCCCUUGGACGACUUGGAGGAAUGGGCGCCACUAGGACCGGACCCUAUAGGGUGCCUGCCGAGAACGACUGCCAACCCGGCGGGGCAGCCGAAAGUUCUCGUGGGAUGGGGGUUCGGAGCCCCUAAACUAACCCUCUACGGAUACCGUGCGCUAGAGAGCAUCAUGCACGUCUACCCAGGGGCGCGCGUCAGAGUCAUAACCGUUGGACCGCGGUUCGCGUUCUUUUACAAGUGGGCGAACAUCCUCGCUCUCACGCAGUUCCAGAAGUACAGCAAGAGGGGUUACGAUGUCAAGGUGGAGAUAUACUUCGGGAAGGCGCUCGCUACCGUGAAGUUGAACGGGAGGAUGAUUCCGGGGCACAAGUGGUGGCGUCGUCACGAGGACACCUUGCUUUACGGCCAAGGGAUGAAGAUGUCCACUUUCCAGGCAGUUCAAGAUGCUGUUCCAGACGCCUAUAUCACGGUCUACCUGGCCCUGUUGGAACUCUACAAGUCCGGAGGCAUCUACGUAGAUCUGACGACGUUCUUCGUUCGGCCGCUGCCUACUGGUUUGGACGGGUUCGUGGCUGGAGGGGAAGGGCCCGGGAGCGCCGGAGCCGGGGGCGGGGCGGGGGGCGACGGGAGGGAUUGUUCUGUCCCCACUUCAAAUGACAGGCUGCACAGGCCGCUCGUCAUGCAGAUCCAGUAG